AUGUCUGCUGAGUCGUCCGGAGAGCAACUGAAAUUGAGAUAUUCAAAAGAAAGUAAAGGAAUACAUUGCGAGGCAGGAAACCAGAUUUUAAACUUCCCGUCACCUUGGCCAAGGUAUAUUCCUCCCAAAGCUCUACUAAACAAUCUCAGCGUAAGAGACCACUCAAUUCUUGAAUUCUGA